AUGACUAGUCAAGCCCUUCUCGGCGGCUCCUCCAAUGCCCCAAAGUUUGGCACCCUCAUUCCAAACCGGAUUUUUGUUGGAGGAAUACCCUCAAACACUACGGAGCAAGAAUUGAAGACUUAUUUCUCCAGUUUCGGUCAGGUGAAGGACGUAAAAAUCAUAAAUGAUAGACUUGGAGUAGCGAAGGGGAGUUAUGGUUUUGUUACCUUCGAAAGUCAGGAGAUGGCGGAAAAAAUUAUAAAAAAUGAGUCCGAGACUUUGAUCUUUAAAGAUCGCAAACUCAACAUUGGACACGCUAUCCGUAAACAGCAACUGUUUCCCCGACCAGCUGAUGUCCCAACUGCUCUGUUCUUCACUGGAGGCGCUAUUCCGUGCGGCUUCCAGAACGGCAUGACUGUUUUCCCCUUAGCUGGCCAAGACUACUCGCUUCUUGCUCAGCCCGGUUCACCAUACCAGUCGAUGUUGCUCCAGCAGGCAAACGGAGCAGUCUAUCUUUCGCCUCAGGCGGGUCCCACAGCUGCCCAAUAUUCAGCGCUCCAUUCUCAGUUGACUCACCAGGGUACCUUUGCGGCUUUACAACAGCAACAAUAUCAACAGGCUUCUCUACAAAAUCCUCUCGCCGCAGGGAACCCUGUUGCACAAAACCAAGCUGCUGUGGUGGCCGCAGCGGCUGCCGCGGUUGCUGCAGCUUCACAGUGGCCA